CUCCCAAUCUUAAAAAAUUAUCUGCUCUGUUCUCUCUGCUCACUUCUGCUUGACGAGGAGUAAAACUUUUAGUUGGCCAAGGCGUAGUAAUAGAGAGUAACAACAAUAAUGGCUGUGGCUUCCACAUCUCUGGCUUGCCCCCAAUUCUCCGGCCUCCGCCGUUCUUCUUGUCCCAAGCUCGAUUCUCCACCUCUUUCUAUUUCCACUGCUCAAUCUUUCUUCCAAAAUUUGGACUCUCAUCUCCGCCUUUCUUCUUCUUCCCCCCGCAAUAAAGCUUGCCGGCCUGUCGUUGCAAUGGCCGGCUCCGGAAAGUUCUUUGUUGGUGGAAACUGGAAGUGUAAUGGAACAAAGGAGUCCAUCGGCAAGCUUAUCUCUGAUUUAAAUAGUGCAAAGCUGGAGUCUGAUGUUGAUGUUGUUGUGGCACCUCCAUUUAUAUACAUUGAUCAAGUAAAGAGCUCAUUAACCGAUCGCAUGGAAGUUUCUGCUCAAAAUUGUUGGAUAGGGAAAGGUGGAGCUUUUACUGGGGAAAUCAGCGGGGAACAAUUGAAAGAUAUUGGAUGCAAAUGGGUCAUUCUUGGGCAUUCUGAGCGAAGGCAUAUAAUUGGAGAAGAUGAUGAAUUUAUAGGAAAGAAGGCUGCUUAUGCCUUGGGCCAAGGUCUUGGAGUGAUUGCCUGCAUUGGAGAGCUUUUGCAGGAAAGGGAAGAAGGAAAAACUUUUGAUGUCUGUUAUAAGCAACUGAAGGCUUUUGUAGAUGCUGUACCAAGCUGGGAUGAUGUUGUUAUUGCCUAUGAGCCAGUAUGGGCUAUUGGAACUGGUAAAGUGGCCACACCUCAGCAAGCACAGGAAGUGCAUGUAGCUGUUCGUGAUUGGCUUAUUAAGAAUGUUUCAGCUGAAGUUGCUUCUAAAACAAGAAUUAUCUAUGGAGGUUCUGUUAAUGGAAGCAACUGUGCUGAUCUUGCAAAACAAGAAGAUAUUGAUGGAUUUCUUGUAGGUGGUGCUUCCUUAAAGGGACCUGAGUUUGCUACAAUUGUUAAUUCUGUAACUUCCAAAAAGGUUGCUGCAUGAUCCUCUGAGGUAGCUUUUGGCAUCAAAAGGAUAGGCGGAUUGGAGUAUCUUCUGAGGUAUAAGUAUUGCGCAACAGGAUCUUUUGGUCAGAUUUUGAUCCUGUUCAACUUCUUUGUCCCAUACAUUGAAUGAUGCACUUAAUUCGCUUCAACUAUAUAAAAUAAUAGAGAUUGUAUGCUAAAAUUUUAGCUUUUGGUGUAACAAAAUAAGUUUUGAGUUCAACCAUGUAUGAUCUUCCCGGAACAGAGUGAUUUUAUGUUAUGCAACAUAAAUUUUUCGCUCAGAUAUAAAUAAAGCGCAGAGGAAUCAAGAGUUGGAUUUUGUUU